UCUAAAAUGGCCUGCAAGGGAUUCUCCUUUAAGACCCUCGUCUUUUCUCUUCGGAUUCUAUUAAGAAGGAAUCCACUCUCUCUUGUCGGAAAGGGCAACAAUGCCAACAUUCCACAGUUGAAAUCUCUUGUGUUCUCUUCUCUUCUCCAUGCAACAGAGUUGUCAAACCAAACCUUGAUCUUUGACGUAGAGGGAGCCCUCCUGAGAUCGUCAUCUUUGUUUCCUUACUUCAUGCUUGUGGCCUUCGAGGCUGGAGGGUUAUUAAGGGCCGUUCUCUUACUGUUUUUGUACCCUUUUGUUUGUUUGCUUGGUAAGGACGUGGGGUUAAGGGUUAUGGUAUUUUUGUCUUUUUUCGGGAUUAAGAAGGAGAGCCUUAGAGUUGGGAGAGCUGUUUUGCCCAAGUUUUUCCUGGAGGAUAUUGGGUAUGAAGGCUUUCACAUUUUGAUGAGGUGUCGGAGAAGGGUAGCCGUGAGUUGUUUGCCCAAAGUAAUGGUUGAAGGGGUGCUUAGGGAUUAUUUGGAUGUUGAGUUUGUUGUGGCGAGAGAGUUGAAGGUGGUCUGCGGGUAUUAUGUAGGUUUAAUGGAGGAUGACAGGAAUGAUAGUUUGAUUCUGCGUGGCAGAUUUGCAGAGGGAAAACUGGGCUCUCAUGUAGUGGGCAUUGGGAGCUUGCACAAAUAUGAAGGUCAUCAGUUGUUUUCUGUUUGCAAAGAUAUCUAUUUGGUAAGCGAAACAGAGAAGAGGAAUUGGCAUCCUUUACCAAGGGAUAAAUACCCCAAGCCAUUGAUCUUCCAUGAUGGCAGAUUGGCUUUCAGGCCCACUCCAGAAUCUGCUGUGGUGAUGUUAUUGUGGCUCCCACUGGGUCUCUUCCUUUUCAUUCUCAGAGCUAUUGUUGGCCUCUUGCUACCUUACAGGUUGGCAUACUGUAUUUUGGCCUUCAGUGGGAUGAGAAUCAGGUCAUCAAAGCUCAAAUCCUUCAUAGCCAUAUCAAACCCAGAAAAUGUACAAAACAAAGAAAAACCAAAGGGAAUCCUCUAUGUAUGUAAUCAUAGAACUGUUCUUGACCCACUCUUUGUUUCUACUGUUCUUAACAGACCUGUCACUGCAGUCACAUACAGCCUUAGUAGAGCAACAGAGAUAAUUUCACCAAUAAGAACCGCCCGUUUAACAAGAAAUAGAGAACAAGAUGCAGUGAUGAUGGAGAAACUACUGAAUCAAGGAGAUCUUAUUGUUUGCCCAGAAGGGACCACUUGUAGGGAGCCCUAUUUGCUAAGAUUCAGCCCUUUAUUUGCAGAGAUGAGUGAUGAAAUUGUUCCUGUGGCCAUGGAUGUUCAUGUUAACAUGUUUUAUGGAACAACAGCUAGUGGAUUUAAAUGGCUAGACCCAGUUUUCUUCCUUCUAAAUCCUUGUCCUUGUGGUGCUGUCAAUUUUCUGGACAAAUUAUCCAGAGGUUCCAAGUUCUGGGAUAGUGCAAAGUCGAGUUGUGAAGUGGCAAAUCAAGUCCAGAGACAGCUCGCAGAGGCUCUAGGGUUUGAAUGCACCAGUCUUACAAGGAAAGACAAGUAUACGAUCCUGGCUGGUAACCAUGGAAUUGUUAAUGCUGGUAAACAAAUUGUGUGAAAAGCAAU